AUGUUUCGAAUUGAAUUGCUUUCAACAGCUAAUCCCGAACCAAUUACAAAACAAUAUUCAGAUCAAAUGAAUCGUCUGGAAGAUUCAUAUCUGUCACAUAAUGCAAAGGGCGAUAGCAGACGGAGUGAUAGUGCUCUGCUGAACAUUGAAAAUGACUCGGAAAGAGUAAAAUAUGGUGCAAUGCCAUUUUCCUGCAAACACGCACUUACAGACGACUCAAUGAUAUUUGAACAAAAACAUGUCCUACGUAUUCCAGGUCCAAAAGUUUAG